AUGGCGAACGGCGCCAUCCUUCUCCUCACUGUGCUCGCCGCCGCCACCGUGAGCGCGGCGCCACCGGCAAGGGGGAGCCGUUUCCUGCUAUCCCAGCCGCCCCUGCCAACUUACGGCUGCUCCAAGAAGUCGGGCGAAGCAUGCCUCGUGCCGGGGACGGCGUGCUGCGGCGGCCAGUGCAUGGACACCGUCGCCAGCGCCGAGCACUGCGGCGGCUGCAACAAGGUGUGCAAGCACGGCCGGAGGUGCUGUGGCGGGCGCUGCGUGGAUGUGCUCUCCGACAAGAAGAACUGCGGCGACUGCUCCAACCAGUGCCUGAAGAAGUGCCACAGCGGCUUCUGCGACUACGCACAGUAA